CCCACCCCCCAUAUCCCCCUAUCCCCCUGCUCCGUAUCUCUGCCCCCUUCCUUCCUUCCUCUCGCCCUGCCUUGCAACCAUGUCCCUGCCCAUGUCAGCGAAAUCCCGGCCCAUCGGCACGGGCAGCUCCAACCACUCGAGCUCCUGCCUGUCCUCCUCGCUGCCGGACAACCCGCUGCUGGUGAUCGACGGGGCGUCCAUCGAUGCGGCCACCCCUUCGCCGAGUCUGAUCGCGGACUCCUCCAACUGUGACAGCCCGCUGACGCACCCGACGCUAAACUCCCUGCCCUCGGGUGGGUCGAGCUUCCUGUCGAAUGUCACCGACUCCGGGACGUCGCUGCUCCCGUCGCUGACUGCGGAGCCGGCGCUGCCGCUGCGCCUGGCCGUGGUUCUCGUGGGUUUGCCCGCUCGAGGCAAGUCCCACAUCGCCGCCCGGCUGAACCGCUACGCCAAAUUCCUGGGUCUCGAAUCGAUCCUGAUCAAUGUCGGCCAGUAUCGGCGCCGGCUGUGUGGCUCCGAGCAGCCGGCCGAGUUUUUCGACCCCCGCAAUGAGACAGCCGCCCACCGCCGUGAACAGGCAGCCCAGGCGGCUCUGAACGACAUGAUUGAGUUCCUGCGCCGUGGCACCCGGCACAUUGCCAUCUUCGACGCCACCAACAGCACCUCCUCCCGCCGGUCGUUCAUUCGCCAGGCGUGCGACGCCAUCGACGCCCAGGUUCUCUUUAUCGAGUCGGUUUGCACCGAUCAGGAGCGCAUCAAGGAGAGCGUGCGCAUUCUGAAGACCGCGUCGCCAGACUACUCCCUGGUGGAGGCCGAGGUGGCCGAGCGGGACUUCAUGCAGCGUAUCUCCUACUAUGAAAGCCAAUAUGAGGAGGUCGCUUGCCAGGAGGGCGCGUACAUUCGCCUGCUGACCAAGACCGGGCGCUACCUGCCGGAGGUGAAUGCCCGGCUGUCUGGCGGCGGGGUGCCUCGGCGGUGGGCGCUGAGUCCCUCGGCGCGGGACAUGGCCACCCGGCUGUCGCGGCUGCUGGCCUGCGUGCGGCCGGACGCGCCGAAUCCGGUGUCCACCGCCCAGCGCAAUGACACUGGCACCUUCCCCACCAGUGCCGAGGCCAUGGAGAGCGCCAGCACCUUCACGGUCCUGCGUGAGCAUCUUGGCGGGGACAUUGUGGCGCUGAACUCGCUGAACUCCUCGCCGGUGGUGGGGCCGCUUGGGGCGCUGGAUAUGCCGGUCCGCGGACCGGCCGGCUUCCCUCGCGGUCCGGGCGACUUCGACCGGAUGUCGCCCCUGCACUCGAAUGGGCCCGGUCUGCGGGAUCACCAGCACCAAGCCGAUGAGCAGGAUGAGGACGACCUGGCCGAUGCGCUGGCCGGGUGCCAUGUAGCCAGCGGGUCCAGCCCGCUCUUGCAGCCGGAUGCCCCGGGGCCGGACCUCCUGUCCACCUCGCCGGCCUGCAUGUCUCCGGCUUUGGGGGCCCAUCCCCUUCGCCGGGUGUACCUCACCCGGCAUGGGGAGAGUGUCUUCAACCUGUCCGGGCAGCUGGGCGGCGACUCGGACCUCAGCGAGCGCGGGGUGGCCUAUGCCCGGGCUCUGGGCCAGUACCUGCGCAAGAAGCUCUUCCCGGCGGAGUCCCCGGCUGCCGAGUCGCCGGGGAUGGACCCCUGUGCCAGCCACCCGACGUCGGAGGGUGGCGCGUGCGUGGCCACGGCCACCGCUGCGGCCGUGGCGGCCGUCAGCGCCGGCUGCUGGGGGCCCAAAUUCGAGGUGUGGACUUCGACUUUGUCCCGGACCAUCGAGACGGCCAGUCACCUUCCGCCGGCCACCAUGAAGUACUCGUGGGCCGCGCUGGACGAGCUGGAUGCCGGUCUGUGCGACGGGCUGACCUAUGCCCAGGUGAAGGUAUGUCCGCCUGGGGAAGCAAGGCCGCGGGGGAGGGGGAAGGGCGGGCAUGGAUAUGCUGCUUCUCCCAUCUCUUCUCUUCCUUUUUUUUGUUUUUGCCAUCCUCGCCCUUACAUGCGAGCCCACGUUCCUUUUCCUUCCUUUCUCGGCCUCUCCCCUCGGGGGAGGGGUGCGCGUGUCUCCGCCACCGGUGUAGGAGCGGUAUCCGGCGGACUUUGCGGCCCGCGACGACGACAAGCUGAACUACCGAUACCCGGAGGGCGAGUCCUACCGCGAUGUGCUGCUGCGCUUGGAGCCGGUCCUGCUGGCCAUCGAGUGCCGGACGUCGGAGAAUCUCCUGAUCGUCGGCCACCAGGCCAUCCUCCGCUGCGUGUACGCUUGGAUGUUUGGCAUCCCGGUGGAGUCGAUGCCGUACAUCGAGAUUCCCCUGCAUGGCGUUCUGGAGCUCACACCGACCCCCGCCGGCUGGAGCGAGAACCGCUAUUCCUUCGGCAUCGAGUCUGUCAGCACCCACCGAGACCCGCGCAAGGAUGCUGCAAGUGGCCAGUAAUUGGCCACGAAGGAGUUGGAAUCCCACAGCAGGGGCCAUAGCGCCACACAACAAGGCCCCGGAGCGAGCAUGACCACAGCCCAGACCCAAGAGAUGAAAGGAGCUCAAAGAAGGGCGAUACGAGGCCCGCACCCAGCUUUUAAUCCUGCAGAGGCCAAUCUUUCACUGACGAUCAAGUGACGGGAGCUGGGUUCCCUGCUCCCUCUUCCUCGUGAAGCAAGCCAAAAUACACCCAGAUGUCCCCGCUGAGA